UAAUUAAACUCAUAGUGUACAUAAAUUAUAUAGUAAAUAAAAAUAUUAAAAAUAAAAUCUUUAUAAAAAUUUUCCUAACAACGUGUUGGAAAAGUAUCAAUGAAAACGGAGUCGUUGGAUUUUCAUAGUAUGGAUCUCAAUAUGGAUAUACUACCUAGCGGGAAUAUAUUUAGCGAACUGGAGCAUGUCUGCACCACUGGCUAUUUCUCAUCACAGCCCUCGAUUGAGGAUCAAUGGCAACAGGUAAAUCAUUUCAUCAUAAAAUAUGUAAUUUGAAUCAUUUGUACACUUGAGUUAUUUGUAAAUGUAAUUUAACGCCUGGUUAGACGGCAUCUCUAAAACCGUUUCACAAGUUCAAGCAGACGAAUAGAAAUGAAAAUGGAGCAGUUGAGAAAUAAGUGAGUACAACUGACAGCCAAGUAAUUGCCAGAGAGGCGAGUAAAGCACGAAAGAGUGCGUGUGUGUGUAUGUGUGUGUGAUGCUUCAAUGAUGGAGAGUGUAAACUCAAGUGUAAAAUUAGCAUUUAAAAUACAUACAUACGAACAUAUGUAUAUGGAAAUGUGGUAACAUCAAGCUGUUAAUUAAAGUGAGAGAAAAGUCAUUAAACUAUUCACUCGUUCGCUAAGAACAAGUGCUGCACAGUGAGCAUGAGCAAAUGUGCAAAUCUAUCACAUGCAUAAUUAUACUACAUACAUAUAUACAUAAAUUAUAUAAUGAUGUCAUGUAGUUAGAAGCAAAUAUUUUAAUUAAACUCAUAUCUACUUAUAAAUAUGUUGGGCCUUGCGAGUAGAGUACCUUAGCGCAUAGCAACACAUUUUAGCAGUGACAUAAAAAAAGAGAGAUAUUUUUAAAUUUGAAUAUUUUUGAAUAAAAAUUGUUUGCCAAACUAUUAUUUGUUCUCUUGUGAAAUUAAAUAUUUUUUUUUUAAUAUUUCUAUUAAUUUACAAUGGAGAUAACCUCAUCUAUGUACCCAUUUGACU